GACCUGAACACCAUCUGGACCUGGAAUGCCACUGUGCCUGCUGUGGUAGAAAGAUGUGUACACGACAUAUUCAUUGAGAUUGCACAUGAACAGCCAAAAUCCCCAGCAAUAUGCGCCUGGGAUGGUGAACUCACCUACGGACAUAUAGACGAGCUUUCUACUCGGCUCGCUAGAUAUCUCACUGAGGUGGGCAUAGGCCCAGGCACGAUAGUACCACUAUGCUUUGAGAAGUCUAUGUGGAUGCCGGUGGCUAUGCUUGGCGUGAUGAAGGCCGGUGGAGCAUCAGUAGCCCUCGAUUCUUCUCAACCAAUUGGAAGGCUAUUGGGGAUCAUUCAGCAAGUUGGCUCACAGCUGAUCCUAACCUCUUCUUCGAAUUAUGAGUUGGCAUCCAAACUCACUAAAUCCACGCCGAUCAUUGUGGAUAGAGAAUCUCUUACAUCUCAUCAAUUCAAGAAGACAGUAGGGCAAAAUGGUUCUAUACGUCCUGCCAGUGUGCCUACGAAGCCAAGUGAUCUCCUAUACGUGGUCUUCACCUCUGGCAGUACGGGUACUCCAAAGGGAGCAAUAAUCACUCAUUCCAAUUUCUCCAGUGCAGCUCCGUAUCAGCAGCCAUUCUUACACCUGCAUCGGCACUCACGGAUUUACGACUUUGCCUCGUAUAGCUUUGCUGUAUCUUGGGCAAACUUUUUAAACGCAAUUACCUGUGGAGGAUGCUUGUGCAUCCCAUCAGAGCAUGAUAGAAAGAAUAGGAUCGAGGAUUCUAUGAGAGAACUGCGAGCAAAUUAUGUCGAGGCCACCCCUUCAGUUGCUGAGCUUCUCAACCCAGAGUCCCUGCCAAAACUCGACGUUUUGGUGCUUGGUGGUGAGCUUUUAGUGCAAGAUCGUCUCUCAUGCAUCCAUGCACCUGGUAAUGUCAUUAAUACAUAUGGACCAGCAGAGUGUACAAUUACCAGUACAGGAGUCAAGGUUAUGCCUGGUGACCCCGAUAUCAAGAGCAUCGGACGAGGACUAGGAACAAUUACUUGGGUUGUGGACGCUGACAAUCACGACCGGUUGGUUCCCUUAGGGGAUGUCGGCGAGUUGUUAAUUGAAGGUCCGCUGGUAGGCCAAGGCUAUCUUAAUGAUCCAGCCAAGACGGAAGCUGCAUUCAUUGACAGUCCGCCGUGGCUUUUACGAGGCGGAACUAAUGUUCCAGGUCGUCGCGGUCGCCUGUACAAGACAGGAGAUCUAGUGCGAUAUAACGAGGAUGGAACACUCUCUUUCCUGGGGCGCAAGGACUACCAAGUCAAGAUUCGUGGCCAAAGAGUAGAGCUGGGGGAGGUCGAGCAUCAUAUACGGCGACUGCUGCCUUCUUCAGAGGUAAAGCAAGUUGCUGCAGAAGUCGUCUCGCCGGAAGGCAUCAGUACGGAAGCUCUUGUUGCAUUUAUUGUAUUGGCCGGUUCAACGAAUCGUUCCGAGGACGAAGUUCAAGUCAAAAUGGCUGUGAUGACGGCAACCUUGAACGAGACGCUGGCCCAACAACUGUAUCGCAACAUGAGCUAG